CUAUCAAGGAGGGACAUAAAACCUCUCUGAUGAGUUAUAUGGUACAGCCGCAGCAUGAUAUUUAAUUAUGCCUAGAUUUCCAUUUGUAGACGUUUGUAGACAAUUCUUUAAAAUGCUUCAUUUUUUCAUUUUAAUUCUUAACAUUUCAAAGGGCAGAUCAAAUAAUGCAGACGUUGUGGCUCAGAAUCAUCUGAAGAUUGUUCAAGCUGGAGACAGUGUUAAUUUCGCCUGUAUUUUUCAAAGAGAUACAAGACCCACCAUGGUUUGGGUCAAACAAAAAGUUGGAGAGAACCCCCUUCCGAUCGUAAAAUCAUAUCAGGGUUUACCUGCCAAAUUUGAGAAUGACUUUGACACACAUAACCGCUUUUUUGCAGCGAAAAAUGACAGCAGUUUUAAUCUGAGGAUCACAAACACAGAAGAAUCAGACACUGCAGCAUACUAUUGUGUUAAAUAUUUAUACGAUUUCAAAUUUGAAAAAGUCACUGAUCUCGUUGUUAAAGGUAAGAUUAACAGUCACAGAAUUUGUUACAUGUUGUAUAUUUAUGCUAAAUAUCCAGUGCAUCCAGAAGACUCUGCAGUGGCGCUGCAGUGCACUGUCCUCACUCAGAGCUGUGCAGGAGAACACAACGUCUACUGGUUCAGACGUGAAUCUGGAGAAUCUCCUCCAGGAAUUAUAUUCACUCAGGAGCGCAGGAACGCUCAAUGUGAGAGGAGAUCUGAUGUGAACUCUACUGCACACAAAUGUAUCUACAGCCUGCCCAAGAGGAACCUCAGUCUCUCUGAUGCUGGGAUUUACUACUGCGCUGUGGCCGCAUGUGGAGAGAUACUGUUUGGAGAUGCAAGAAAACCUGAUUUGCCAAGGCUAGUUGCACAAGCACCAGCAGAAAGACACACAACUCUUCAGCAGUCUUUGAUAGACAUGCUUCAUCCAGGGGAUUCUGUGAGUUUGCAGUGCAGCAUCUUCACUGAGAGUUGUGCAGAAGAACACAGUGUCUACUUGUUCAGACAAAGCUCAAGAGAUUCUCAGGGAGAGAUUUACACAAAGGGAGAGAUAAAUGGUCAAUGUGAGAACAGCACUGAGUCUCAAACACAGAGCUGUGUCUACAGUCUCUUCAAGAGAAAUGUCAGUCAAUCUGAUGCUGGAAUUUAUUACUGUGCUGUGGCCGCAUGUGGAGACAUACUGUUUGGAAAAGGAACUGAAUUAAUUCCUUAG